GUCUAGUCCGACGGCCGUGUUUGCCUACCCAACCAAGACACCUCAGAAGCACACUCCUCUUUCGAUACCCUUUUUCUUUGUGCCGCUCGACCUGGUUUCUGAGCUUUGACGCUGCUCAGCAGACAACCCUGGACCGGACCGUCACGUAACAUAUACCCCUCGACGUCAUCCCCCUGCUGCUUGCAAAUAGCUCGUGGUUCAUCCGACAUAUAUCUACCUCUACUGCGUCAAGAUCAAAUUCGAACUCCUCCUUGAACGAUCCUCCAUCAUGGCUGCCAACGGUGCGCAGGGAUCGUACACUCCCGAGAAUGUGCUUGCGGCGGUAGUCACCAUGCGCGGUGGGGAGCGAGAGGCCAAGAAGCAGGCACACGAAUACCUGGAGCGCUUUCAGAAAUCGAAAGAUGCUUGGCCGCUCGUCAUUGGCAUCCUGCAGUCUGAUGCCGAUGCUGAGGCGAAGCUGUUCGCAGCUACAACGAUGCGCGGAAAGCUCACAUAUGACCUUUCCACUGAUAUUUCGGAUUCGGAGCUUCCUGCGCUUAGGGAGCAGAUCCUCCUACUCCUGAAGCACUAUGCAUCCGGUCUUAGGCCGAUCAGAGUCCAGCUCUGCGUUUGCUUGGCAGUCCUAGCUAUACAUAUGAAAGACUGGAAGGAUGUCCUCCCCGUCGUCGAAGAAGAGUUGUCUGAGAGGACGAAAGAGCUACUGGGCGACAAUGCGGAACGAGUGGUCCACCUACUUGUCAACUAUGCACAAGCAUCAGCCAAACCAGCCGACGACCCUCUGCUGAUGGAGUGCAUCACGUCGUGGCUGCGCGAGGUGCCCGUGAAUACCAUCGUGCGCUCGCCGCUUUGCGACGUUAUUUUCAAUGGUAUUUCUGGCGACUCACCCAGGGAGGCUGCGGAGACCAUUUGCACGAUCCUUCGAGAGACAAGAGAUGUCGACGAUAACCAAGACACCAUCCAGCUCCUACUUUCCCGGAUCCUUCAAUUGCAACCUAGGAUUGAGAAGGCUGUAGCCGAGGAGGAGACAGAGACAUACGAAGCCUUGACGAAGAUCCUCGCGACUGCUGCCGAAUCAUGGGUUGUGGCCAUUGUGCGCGAGCCAGGCCACUUCAGGCCUAUCGUCGACGCUGUUCUCGAAUGUGCUGCCCGCGACAGAGACCGUGAGGUCAUCGAGCAUACAUUCGACUUCUGGUAUGAGCUCAAGCAGUACCUUGUUUUGGAUAUCUACAUUGAGGCGAGGCUUCAGCUCGUGGAUGUCUACGGCAAGCUUGUGGAUGUCCUCUUCAAUCACCUCCGCUACCCAGAAGGGAACGAAAACGACCUGUUCGAGGGUGAUCGUGAGGCCGAGGAAAGAUUCCGCGAAUUCAGGCACCGCAUGGGUGAUACGCUUAAGGAUGCCUGCGCCGUCAUGGGAGUGACGGACUGUCUGACCAAGGUCCUGAAUGGCAUUAAGACGUGGUCAGCGGAGAGAAGCACCACCACCUCGGCCCCUGGUGUAGUACCGCACUGGCAGGAGCUCGAGGCCCCCUUAUUCGCCAUGCGUGCCAUGGGUCAAAUGGUUCCAAAGGACGAGAAUAUUGUCCUGCCUCAACUGAUGCCCCUCCUGGUGGAGGUGCCCAACCACGAAAAGCUCCGGUUCGCGACCAUCAUGAUCCUCGGCCGCUAUACCGAAUGGACAGCCGAGCACCGCGAAUACCUUGAGCCGCAAUUCACCUAUAUUGUCUCGUCCUUCCACACUGAUUCUAAGGAGGUUGUCAGGGCGGCGGCCAUGGCGAUCAAGUAUUUCUGCACUGACUGCAGAGAACUUCUCAGCGACCAAGUCCUCCAACUCCAGACUUUUUACGAUCAGAUUCUCGACAAGCUUCCCGACAUGAGCCAGGAAGAGAUCACAGAGGGUGUUGCGAGCGUGGUCGCCGUCCAGCCUGAGGCUGAGAUGUACAAGCUUCUCAAGCUGUACUGUGAUCCGCUCGUCGCCAGACUGAUGAACAAGGCCAACAAUGCCACUACCGAGGAAGGCAAGGUGGCUUUGGCAGACCACGUGCAGCUGAUCACCAUCUUCGUUCAAAUCGUCAAGCCGUACUCUGCUCCUGGAGCCGAGAACCAGGCAGUCAAAUACUGGCAAGAGGUCUUCCCUGUGCUCGCAAAGAUUGUCGAGAACUUCCUCGACUUUGUGCCCAUUUGUGAGCGGAUCUGCCGGUGCUGGCGCAACAUGAUCAUCUCGUACAGGACGGCCAUGACACCACUGCUGCCGGAGCUGGCAAACAAGCUGGCCAGCGGAUUCGCCGCCUCCAGGCAAGGCGCAUUCCUUUGGGUUACCGCGGCCAUCAUGCGCGAGUUCUCCGAGGAGCGCGAACACGUCGACCAGGCCAUCACUCAGAGCAUUUACUCCUUCUUCGAGGCCCAAGCCACGACUUUCUUGCGCGUGCUCAACGAGUUGCGGCCUAGUGAGCUCCCCGACGUCAUUGAGGACUUCUUCCGUCUCCUCAUUGAUGCACUGCUCUACUUCCCCCACAGACUCAUCCCUUCGGAGCUGCUGCUUCCAAUUUACGAGGCCGCCAUCUAUGCCCUUACGCUCGAGCAACGCGACCCGUUGUCGGCUACUCUCCACUUCCUGCGGGAUCUUUUGACAUACGGUGGUGACAACCCGGCCACCUCGGACAAGCUGCCAGCGGACGUUGCAGCGAAGAUCCAGGAAAUCGUGAAGAGCCUGCUCGGCAGCCACGGCGAAAAGCUCGUCAAGCAGGUGCUGGCUGGCAUGAUGAUCACGUUCCCCCGCGACUGUUUCGCCGACGGUAGCGGUGUGUUGCUCUCCAUGUUCGAGCUCCUCCCCGCAGAGACGACUGUCUGGGUCGAGCGAACGCUGCAACUGUUGCCACAGGGCACCGUGACGCCUGCCGAAGCGAACAAGCUUAUGAUCAAGAUCAAGGAGCGCAUCGGCGGUGACCAGAACAACAUGCGCCAGGUCAGAGCCCUUCUGCAAGACUUCACCAACACAUACCGCCGACGAUAUGUCGCACCUCGCGACGGGCUCGGUCAACUUGAGGCAGAUCGUUUCCGCUUCAACCGCUAG